AUGAAACCAACUAAUAUAGCCAUGGAUAAGAAAAGCGGAAAAUCAUGUUUAGUAUGCAGAAGACGUAAAGUAAGAUGUGAUAGGGUCAAACCUGUAUGCUUGGUAUGUGUGAAGCAUGGCUCUAAUAUGGAAUGUAAUUAUGAAGAGCAGAAAAGAGACAUCAAAUUUGUCUCAAUGAAAACCCCAGAGAUGUCGACUAAGAUCAAGAAAAGGCAACCAGAGAAAUCUUCCACUAAAUCUCAGGGAAAUGCGACAGUAGUCAAGGAGUUAGAUGUUCUAAAGCAAAAGGUACAAUCACUAGAAUCACUACUAAUAAAUAACAUAACUCCUACAGAACAUAAAGUUUCUCAAUCAAAGUAUUCUAAAACUGUCCCGAGCUCUUCCAUCGAUGACGAAUUCCAAUCACUUGAUCUAAGCCAUUAUAAAGAUUUUAACUUUUAUCAAGAUUUAGAGACAGUGGAUGUAAGAGGUGGCAGACUAUCAUUUAUUGGUGCCUUGAACUGCAUGUCUAUGUCAAGAGUUGAUCCUUAUUUAAUGACUAUUACAACUUUAACAAGAAAGGCACAUCAUGAUAGGAGCAGCAGUUUUAUACGAUACCUCGGAAACAGGAAAUACUCAAACUUAGAAUAUAUUCCGGAAUUAGCUAAAGAGGUGUUGGUAGCGAAAAGUAGUGAUAAGAACACUGUAAUGGAUGCAAUGAUAGAAAUUGAUAAUGAUCAUAGUGAAAAGAAUAAAAAGAAGCGUAGCCGAGAAACUGGUAAUUCGAACGGUGAAGAUAGUAGCGUCACUAGUAGUAACGAUGAGUUAGACAACGAACUUGAUGAUAAUGAGAAAGAAAUGACGGAAAAUGAUGUAAAGGGCCAAGAGCAAAGAGAAAAGUUUGCUAGAAAGUACUUAGAAGAUCAAAAUAUGGAUGGUAUAUUAACUAAGAAUAACAAAUCAAGCAGGCCGUCACUAUCAGAAAUAUUGAAUCAUAGUACACUUGCUAAGUCUUCAGAUGUAUCGCCAGAAUCAAACACCAGUCCUAUUCCGAGACAAGCUGUUGAAAAUACAGCAAGUGUACCGAGAGAACUCAAUAUCAAGAAGGAUAGUUUGAAUAUGAGAUCCGAAGUUACAAAUAAUUCAUCUUCUCUUCAAAGCGUGAAGAACGAUACUCCAAUUGGUUUUGCUGAUGAUGAGACUGAGGCCCUGUACUAUUUGAAUCUACUGCUUCCUCCCGCAAGAGUUAUUUGGAUUCAUGUUAGUAAUUAUUUCAGUUCUCCAUUAAACGCUUUAUAUCCUUUUUCCACGGAAGAUUGGUUCACAGACAUACUGGCAGGAUUAAUAGGCCCCCCAUCUGAAUCUGAAGAUCCUCCUGUUCUCAAGGUAGUAAAGAAAUUAGACUUUUCGAAAAUUGCGAUUUUGUUCGUCAUUAUGAGGUUAUCAUACUUAAUGUAUCCAUCUGACCUAGAGCACUGUUCCACAGAAGAAGAGAAAUACGUAGUAAGUCAUGAAAUCGGCCCGGUUUACAUCGAAGUUGCAAAUCUAUGUAUAAGGAUGUUCAACCUAUUCAGAAGGGGUGUACUUCCAGUACUUCACUGCUUACUUCUGUUAAGGGUGUACCGAAGAUAUGCGCCGGAAGAAGGUGACAUAGCAGAUGGAGCGGACUCGAGUAAUUUUACUGGAUUAUUAGUGCAAAUUGCGGAGUCAUUAGGAAUGAAUACUGAUGCUGAAAAAUCAUACCAAUUAACAAACUUUGAGAUCUAUCUACACUCUUGGAGAAAAGCGUGGUAUACUAUCUAUUUUCUGGACAUAUCUGAGGCAAUGAACAUGGGAAAUUGUUUUGCAAUAGAUACCGAUCAAUUUAACACAAAACUACCAACUAUAAAGAAAAAUCCAAAUUAUGGGAUGCCUGAUUUCAUUCUUCAUCCUUCUCAUGAAAUGGCUAGUGUUGACUGCUGCCAGAAGAACUAUGAGUUUUCUCUUUAUGUCCGAGAUUUAUUGAAAAUCGUUAUGAGUAAAAGACUCAAUACACCAUGCAAUGUUAUCAUGGAUCAUAUUAAUAAAGUUGAACGAAAUUUAAAGGACAGAUACGCCAAAAGUUUGUCAUCUAUCAUUGCUCUACCUUCGAGCGGACCCCAAGAGUCGAUUGAAAAAUGUAAUAUAUUCCGAUUUUACGUUGAAACACAAUCGAUGUUAUUGAUGAUUCAACUCCGGUUAUUCAUACAUCUUGAAAACAAUCAUACGGAUUCAAACUCUGGUAGUUUCUCGAAGCCUUUCCAAUUGUUUAAAAAGUGUCUUUCUUUAUACAUCGAUCUUGAACCUCUUUUAAUUCUACUUUUUUUCCAUGAUAAGAAUGACGACAAGAACAACUCCUAUAUUGAUAAAAUAUUUGGGACAAGGACCAAAAUCAUUAUCUUGCAAACUUGCAACCACAUAUUUGUACGAUUCCAAAUCGUUUUACAUAUAUUAUUGGCUAGACUUCUCCAUCUUUAUCAUGGAUAUCUAAAAAACCCCGAACCAAUGAUUAAGAAUUCUGAGGACUUCCUAAAAAUCAAGUCAUUAGUUGUAAAGAUAAUUGAAAACGCAUUGGAUAAACUUGAGUUCGCAAAUAGCAUAACUCAAUCAUUGAGUGGGAACCAGUUCCAAGCUUGGAGACUAUCGAAAGGAAACGGAUUCCUGUAUUCAAUUUUCAAAGAGAAAAAUGACAACAUAUUUGAUCCCAAUGCACCUACUAAUCUCAAGUUCCAGAAAUUAAGUAUGCAGAGAGAUAACUUUGGUAAUAACAUUCUCCCCGAUAAUUUAAACCCAUUGAAACAAUUACCGAAGUAUAACAACUUCUUGAAUCUGGAACUCUCCCAAUUUGAGGAAUUAUAUUCGAUUAUCAACUCCACUAGAUGGUCCAUAUUCAACAGUGUGAUAGAUAAAGACAAGCUUAAAGCUGCAAUGAAUUUCCGCAGCUCAAAACAAAAGAACCCGGCCAUGUCACAGAAGAAAAAAUUCAGAAGUAAGGGUCACCGGAGUAGCUUAACUUCAAAAUCUAAAUCUUCCUCGAAUAACAACGGUCAUAGGUUUUCUGGAACUCCCUCAAACUCAUCGUCCGAUGCAAUUGAUUUUACUCCUCAAGUUUCACAGAUUAAAGUGAAUGAGGUUGAUACCCAUUGGUUCAAUACCAUUCUCCGUAAUAACAAUACAUAUCCAAAUUGGAAUCGGGACAAUUUUGAGCGUAACAUAGCCCCUUCAGGUGGAAUUCCAAGUCAGUCGCCAGUAGUUAUUGAUGCUAAUGGAUCUUUUUCGGACUUUGCGAAAUCAAACUUUACCAGUCUAGACGAAUCUAUUUCUACUACAUCUUUUUUGCAUGAAAACUUAAUCCAGCAGUUACAAAUUAUUUCAGGAAAACCAAGUGUAUCGUUCAAUAACAAUAACAACAACAACAACAACAACAAUAAAAAUUCUAUCAAACUAACGUCCGCCGAUAACGACGUUGAACCUAAGUACCAUCACUCCCAACAAAAAACAAAUUUCAAUUCAAUAAUUGAUUCCACCGAUUUAGAUUACCUCCUAUUUAAUGGUGAUAUAUAA